AUGGGCGGGAAGCAAUCUCGCAGUUUUUCCACCAAGGACUUGAACGAGGUGAGUAUGGGUCAAAGGGGCAAGAGCGCUCUGAGAGAUGACCAGCCCACCCUGUCCUCGGCGGCCGAGCGGAUCCGCAGGCACGCCACGGUGCACUUCGGCUACAGCACCCUGAGUCUGGCCAUGCGGGCGCUGGACAAGACCCCGGCCGAGCUGUGGGAACUCAGAGAGCUCCAGAAGCUGAACCUGUCCAUGAACUGCCUGUGCUCCCUGCCCCCGACCCUGGGCGCCCUGGACAAUCUGGUCAUCCUCAACCUCUGGGGCAACAACCUGUCGAGCCUCCCGCCCGAGAUCGGACUCCUGAAGAAGCUGCGUGUGCUCUUCGCUUGUCGCAACCGCCUGAGCGAGGUCCCGGAGGAGCUGGGCCUCUGCACCUGCCUGGAGGUGCUCAGUCUGGCCAACAACCAGAUCACGGGCCUCCCCGGCAGCUUGGCCGCCAUCAACAGUCUGACCAAGCUCAACCUCAGCCACAACCGCAUAGCUCACAUCCCCACGUGUGUGUACACCAUGAAGGGCCUGGUCUUCCUCCAGCUGGCCUGCAACCGACUGGAGACGAUUGCCGACCAGAUCCAGGACCUGGUGAACCUCAAGAUCCUCAUAGUGGAGGGAAACAGUAUCCACACGCUGCCCAAGACGCUGUGCUUCCUGGAGUCUUUAGAGCUCCUCAAUGUUGACUUCAAUGACUUGCAGAAUGUGCCGGUGGAAAUGUAUCUGCUGAGCCGGCUCGGGAGGUUGGCCUGCCACCCGAUGGACAAGGGACUGCACAUAAUCCACAACCCCCUCCACAAGCCUAUUCAGGAGGUGUUGCAAGGAGGACUCAGCGCCCUCUAUAACUACCUCAAGCCCACGUGA